UGUUGGUCUCCUCGUCGCGAACAAGCUCGAGAAAAUUUUUGAGAAAACGAAAGUGCGUGGGUGUCAGUGCAAGAGUUCAAUAAAAGAGAGUCUGAAAAUGAAAGCGUUCAUUGUUGCCAGUGUUUGUUUGUUCGGCCUAUUGAGCCUGGGCUCGGCACAGUUCCAAAAUGGACGUCUGGAGCCACCAAAUCCGCAGCUAUGCGCCCAGCGCAUAAUUCACGAGAAGACACCCGAUGGCAAAGGCUACUUCUUCUCGUGGCGUGACCCACAAUUGAAGGGCGUGGAGGAGGAUUGGCUGACUGCCAGAAAUUAUUGUCGCAGACGCUGCAUGGACUCGGUUUCGCUGGAGACCAGUCUGGAGAACGAAUGGAUCAAGCAACGAGUUGUAGGCGAAAAUGUGAAAUAUAUCUGGACCAGCGGUCGCUUGUGCGAUUUCAAGGGCUGUGAACGUCCCGAUCUGCAGCCCACGAACAUCAACGGUUGGUUCUGGACCGCUACUCUGCAGAAGUUGGCACCAACCACAGAGCGUUCCCAGGGCGAUUGGUCACCCACCGGCGGCAUUGGCCUGCCCCAGCCCGAUAACCGUGAAUUCAAACAAAACGGCGCACCCGAAAACUGUUUGGCCCUGCUGAACCAGUUCUACAAUGAUGGUGUCAACUGGCACGACGUGGCCUGCCACCACAAGAAGUCCUUCGUCUGCGAGGAGAACGAUGCUCUGCUGAAGUAUGUGCGCUACACAAAUCCCAAUCUGCGCAUUUAAAUCGCUCAAGCUCAGACGGAAGUAGCAUCUGGAAUUACGUGUGGAGUUAGAGCCUCGAGCAGCGACUCCAAAUAAACCAAAAAUGAUAUUUUAUGUAGCUACUACAUAUAUGCAUAUAUAUGUUUAUGUGUAUGUAUGUGAAUGUAUGUGCUUCUGUGCGAACAGAUGUGUUCGAUUCGGUGCUGCUCAUAUACCUUUUGCUAGUUACUCUUUGAGUGUCUUUUAAACUUCCGACUAUCCUGAAUGUCUUACGUAUUUUUGUAACCAUUUUUCCAAUCUC